AUGGAGAACGACGUAGAUCACAAAACAACCCCUCAACAACCAGAAACAGCGCCAGUGGCACUGAACUCCGAGUUCUCGGAGGAUGACGCUCCUGAGGAGUUCUGCUGCGGCAUCACGAGAGAAGUGAUGGUGGAUCCGGUUCUUCUAGUGCACAGUGGGAUGAGCUAUGAGCGGGUAGCCAUCGAGAAAUGGCUGAAGAUAAGCAAGAAAUGUCCCCUGAGCGGGAAAUUCAGCAGCAUUCCGAGGGUGGUUGAGAACAUCAACUUGCGUAAGGCCAUUCGCAACUUCUUUGAGAUUCGUAGG